GUUUAUGUCCUGACACGCGAUGGCGUCUGUAGCUACGAUCCAAAGUUUCUUCGUUGUUUUUAACGUUAUUCAGACUGUUUACGCAGCAAACGACUUUGAUCUAAACUUGGGGGAACUAGGUGAAAAUGGCGGUGACGACUUCAUGGAUUCUUUUGGCUCACUACUUGAUUCAUUGGUAGGAGCUACUGGAGAAGACGGAGAUUGUACAUUUCGUUGUCCUGAAACCGGACAAAUCACAAAGCCAAGAUCAGACUACUUGCCCUCUAGUAAUGGUUGUGGUUCACAUGGAAUAAAGCUGGACACAAAAAAACUUCCCAAGAUGACUAAGUGUUGCAACAAGCAUGAUAUCUGCUAUGACACAUGUAAUUCAGUCAAAGACAGUUGUGACCGCAUCUUCAAAAAGUGCUUAGACGAGAUGUGCAUGGAGUUAGAAGACAAAUUAUCCAAAGAUGAAUAUGACGGGUGUGAUGCGACAGCACAACUGAUGUAUCAUGGUACAGUGGCUUUAGGCUGUGGUAGCUUUAUAAACAGCCAGAAAGCUGCCUGUGAGUGUGUGAGCGAAUCCAGCCAAACGACUCCAUCUAAACAGGCAGAAAAAUCACAAAUUUUCAGGAAGGAUGGGGAACUAUAGACUAUGCAAGACAGGAUGCAAAUCAUCAAAAUUAAUAUUUAUAUAAUUGUUUGAAUUCACAUUUCCUUUUAGGAACCCCUAUUACCUAAGAUUAUACUAUUAUUGUUAUAAUUGAAAUGUCUCAUAAUUUUUCUUAUUUUUUUUUUUACGAUAUUUGCAAUUGUGCAAGCAAAUUAUUUACAUCUCAAAAAGCGCAACAUUUUUUUGCAAUAAUUUUGUGUGAAAUAUUAUAUUUUAUUUUAAAAUAAUCUUUAUAUAUUAGAAACAGCUGGAUAUCAUAUAUUACGUUAUCAUGAAUGCUGUUUAACUUAUUAUAAUAAUUAUUAUUGACAAAAUGGAUUUUUUUCUGUUGGCGUGUUGAGUACCUGUGUUUAUAUAUUUUGAAAUUUCAAUUUUUAAGGAUCACUGUCCCACUGCCAAAAACUAUAACUAUAAAUCGGGAACUUUUUUAACUGCACGACCAAAUCUGGACCUCAAAUCACACAUAGGGUCGCUGUAACCAAUUCAGCUACCUGAUCAGCGAUAGUUUUCAGGCUUAGUUCCAGCUGCAGUAAUUCAUAUCCCAAAACGAAGUUAAAGGAGCUAAUUGCAUGCCUCAAAAGCUACAAUGAAAUUCUCUAAUGUUUUAUUUGCAUGCAGUGGGACAGGGAUCCUUAAUUUGAUUUUUCUCCCUUGUGUCUUGUUAUGAAAUUUAUGUACCCAAACAGUGAUACAUUGUAUUUGUGAAUCUCAACCCUUCCAGACGACUGUUGUUUAUAUUACAAGAGAUUGACACACCAAACAGCAUAAAAUAAUAUUUUAUUCCAUAAUAGAUAAUUGUGAUAUUUUAUACAAAAUAUAUUAAUAUAUUGAAAAAGUGACUCACAGGCUUAUGUACUUUGUAACUCAUCAGGAAAGAUAUUUGAUUUUGCUUCCAUUCUUUUUUGAGUGACAAAAUCACAAUUUGUUUUACCUUAUAUGUUUUUCAAAUGCUUUAUGAUUUAACUAGUUUUGUAACCACAUGAGUGCUCCUUAAGGAUGUACACCUCUUAGAAGUCAAAAAUUUCCUGUAUUAAACUUUUUUUCUUAUAUGGAUUUUUGG